AAAGUUUAAAAAAGGGUCUCUUCCUUCUGUUCAUACAUCGUGUUUUCAUUUGAGCUUUGUUAGAGAGAGUGUGUGUGUGAGAGAGAGAGAGAGAGUAAGUAAGAUUAAUGGCUUCAAGAGUUGUUGUUCAACAGCAAACCAGAGGAGGAGAAGCAGCUCCGGUCCCGGUAAAGACCAAGAACAUGGCGGCCGAUGCAAAGAACCGCCGUGCCUUGGGUGACAUUGGAAACGUCGCGACCGUUCGAGGAAUCGAUCCAAAGAAAAUCACUCGCCCUGUUACAAGGAGUUUUGGUGCCCAAUUACUUGCCAAUGCUCAAGCUGCUCAAGUCGCAGCCGCUGGAAACAAGAAAGUAACGGCAGUCGCCGAUGGGAGAGUGGCGGCCAAACCUGCGCCAGCGGCCAAACAGGCACCGGGGCUAAAGCCUAAGGCUUUACCCGUGCCUCCUAAUCCUGCCCAGAAGAAAGCAAUAGCAAAGCCGAAAGUGCAAGCCGUGGUUGAGAUCAUCCCCGAUAAUGUAGAAGAAAAGGCCAAGAAAGUGAAACCGCCGGUGCCGGCGAAGAAAGAAGGGUCGUCAUCAAGAAGGAAGACCAAGACCGUCCAAACUCUGACCUCGCUUCUCUCCGCUAGAAGCAAAACUGCUUGUGGUAUGAAUGACAAGAAAAAGGAGAUCAUCGACGUGGACGCCGGAGAUAUCCAAAACGAGUUGGCCGUGGUUGAAUACAUCGAGGACAUUUACAAGUUCUACAAGUUGGUUGAGAACGAAAGCAGGGCACACGAUUACAUCGAUUCACAGCCGGAGAUCAAUGAGAAGAUGAGAGCCAUUCUGAUUGACUGGCUUAUUGAAGUUCACCAUAAAUUCGAACUAACAAUGGAAACUCUAUACCUGACAAUCAACAUAGUCGAUCGUUACCUAGCUUCAAAGUUGACACAGAGGAAGGAAUUGCAGCUGGUUGGAGUGGGUGCAAUGCUAAUGGCGUCCAAGUAUGAAGAAAUAUGGGCACCAGAAGUGAAUGAUUUGGUCUGCAUCUCAGAUAGAGCAUACAGCCAUCAGCAAAUUCUGAUAAUGGAGAAGAGGAUUCUCGAACAGCUGGAAUGGAACCUAACGGUGCCCACACCUUUCAUGUUUCUGGUAAGGUUCAUCAAGGCUUCGUCCUCUUCUUCUUCUGGACCGGUGCCUGAUAAGGAUAUGGAGAAUAUGAGUUACUUUCUUGCUGAGAUGGGAAUGGUGAAUUACACAGGUGUGAUUCAUUGUCCUUCAAUGAUUGCCGCCUCGGCAGUCUUUGUUGCCCGUUGUACUCUGGGUAAGAAACCUUACUGGAAUGAGACGCUGAAGUUGCAUACAGGGUAUAGUUCAGAGCUUCAAUUGAUGGAUUGUGCUAAAUUGCUUGUGAAAUUUCAUUCCAUGGCUGCUGAGAAUAAGCUCAAGUCUUGUUUUAAAAAGUAUUCCAGCACCAAUAAGGGUGUCGUGGCUCUCAUUCCACCGGCUAAGUUUCUGCUUGGAUGAUUUGAUGAUAGUGGUGGUGGUGAUGGGUUUUUUCUAGUACUUAAGAGUGACAUUUGAUGAUUCCUGAUUAUCAUCAAUUCAUAUUAUAUUCUAAAUGAUCUGAACAACAACAAACUUAAGAAAGUUUCAAUCUUUUCAUUAUCAAUGAAAUGAAUAUUAUCUUCUUAAUAUUUGCUUGUUUUUGUGC